AUGGCCACAGCGGAGAUUGAGGCGGCUAUCGCUACCAUUCAGUCCAACGCGUCGCUCCUGGACAAGGAUCCGCAGGUGUCUAACAAAGGCACGGCCGAGUUGAAGGCAUACUUCAAGCCUCCGACCAUUCAAUUUCGCUUGCCUCUGGCCCGGCCAGCCCAGGGCACCUCUGGACUUUCCCCCCCGUACUCGGCACGGGAGAUCACAACUGCCCUGUUUGCUGACGGUUCAUGGACGGUCGAGAAGAAGACGCCAUUCCAGCCGUCGAAUGAUCAGAAGUGGCUGUUCUACCAGACUGCGGGUAACCUGAGGCUGAUGAGUGCCCGCUACUCGCCUGAAUCUAAAAACUGGUCUCUCCAGCCCGUGCAAGUUGAAGAGGAGUACAAGCAGGACGACAAACCGAUGAAAAGAAUGGCUAAUAUUUUCCCAAUUGUUGGCUCGGCGCUGGGGGCUGUCGCCGUUUUAGGAACCACCUCGGAGAAAUUAAUGCUUGUGUAUCAAGGGAAUGACCUCAGGACCUACACGCUGAUGCAUGAAAAUGACACCUGGACCCAGGCUCAGCGACCCCUCGGCGACAAACGCAUUCCCCUGCAGUCCAAUCUGUCUCUAUACGUGGAGGGAACCGGCAACAUCGGAUUGGCCGUGAAUAGCGACAUGAACGACAUUCGCGUAGUGUCCUGGUCCAAGGACAAGCAGACGUGGUCGGAGGCCACGGUUGUGGCGGAGAGCUUCAAGGGAAUCGAAAUCACAGUGGCCAGUUGGAACAGCGGGAAACUGUUCCUGUUCACUCAGGCUCCUCAGAGCCCCGAUAUCAACCAGUUCUCCUGGUCGGGAGACAAUUGGAGCACGCCAAUCCCUGUCAGCGGGCACGACCAAUGA